AUGGGGGGCUCGUUUUCAAAAUACUUCACCAACCUCAUCUGGGGGAAGAAAGAUAUCAGGAUUCUGAUACUUGGUCUUGUGUCGACAAAGGAUAAUGCUGGCAAGACCACUCUCCUGUAUAGACUCAAGAUUGGUGAAGUGGUGACCACGAUACCAACGAUCGGAUUUAAUGUGGAGUUAGUCGUCCCCGAUAUUAUAAACAACUGGCAUAAAAGACUGAAUCUGCUAUACCCUAGGUCCGUGCAAUAUGGCAACCUGAACUUUGAUGUCUGGGACUUGGGCGGACAAACAUCAAUAAGACCCUACUGGAGAUCAUACUACGCCAACACCGCGGCCGUCAUAUUUGUCAUUGAUUCGACCGAUAUCGAACGAUUAGAGAUUGCCGCGGAUGAACUAAGGUCGAUGUUGAACGAGGACGAACUGAAGGAUGCAGCUUUACUGGUGUUUGCGAACAAGCAAGAUCAGCCCGGUGCACAAGGGGCGGGCGAGAUCUCCGAAGCGUUGAAGCUGGGUGAGCUGAGAGACCGGAAUUGGAGUAUCGUGGCCUGCUCGGUGAUCGAUGGCAAAGGGAUCAACGAGGGAAUGGAUUGGCUUUCGUGA